AUGCCCGAACAAUCUCUAUCGUCGAUCAACGACAUUCCUGUUGAAAUCAUGCAGGAAAUACUCUCACUUCUAUCGUCUGCUAGGCGGAGGCAGGAAAUCACCGCAGACUUGCUUGCUUUGUCACUAGUAAACAAGAGGUCUCUGGCAACUGCUAGGGCAGCACUAUAUCAGCGAGUUCACCUCGAUGCUUCACCCUCGCGUUCUGCCAUCCACGAUUUCACAAAGACCAUCUCUGAGCAUCCGUGGCUCGCACCCCUGGUGAACGAGAUACAGGUCACUACUCUGAUGGGUCCAAACGGCGAACUCGAGGUAUCCACGCUUGCAUGCGCUAUUUCUCAAUGCACAUCCCUGCGUGCUGUUGAUAUACGGGGGCUAAGUGCCGUCUCGACAUCCCUCCUUGGCGUCACUCCUUACCCGUUAUGCCCGCGAGGCGUGUUAGAUGAACUCUUCACGGCGCUAUCCGCUCUUCCUGACAUGCGACGUAUCUCUCUUCGACCGAAGGAAGUCGCAACUUCACCUGCUAGACCCGUAUGCGAUGUAUACUCAAUAUUGGCCUUGAUACAUCGGUGGCCUAAGCUACAGACCCUCUUCGUUGGCUUCAAGACGUGCGGGGAAAAGCACUGCGGUGCGCUUUCUCCAGCAUUCGUAGCUUCACACCAGGCCCACGACGAUCUACCAUCACCUUAUCUUGGACGAUGUCUCUUCCUGAAGCAUAUCACGUACCCAGACGUGAUUAGUGUCUCGCAACUAGCCACCUUAUCAGAGAUCGCGCCAAACAUCACAGAGCUCCUCUAUAGUAGAGAUCCACGCUCGAUGAGAGUGGAAUUUCCCACUUUAGCCCUCGCGCCUGCUCUCCGAGCGUGGUCCGAUAACCUCGUUCAACUCAUUCUUCCCCGGCCAAGCUACUGGCUUGAUCAUCGCGACAAACUCAUCCUCCACUUUGGAGGUAACGUAGACGACUAUUUGACGACCAACAUCGCGGGCAUCAUCACUCAGAUGCCCUCACUACGCGUUCUUGGAGUGCCCAGGGCCUUUAUGUCCCCCGAAGAUUUCAUCCGAGGCCCAGCCAACCUUGUCCGGCUGGACUAUUACCUGCCUGUGCUCGAGAUGGAUGUGAUCGUGAAAAUUUUGACGGAAGAACGGUUCUUUCCACAGUUGAGAUAUCUGUAUAUCUCCGAGGGUGAACAUUGUGGAUGCUUCGGUGCAUUGGCGGCUUCAUUCGCGGGUCGUCGUAUCACGAUCUACGAGACUGCGCAUGAAUGGAGAGAGGCACUAGAGGAAUGCACUGGACAGGAUUAA